AUGUCGAACCCGCCUCAGGGCCACGGGGGCUACGGGGGGGGGCGGCCGCCCCGCCCGCCGUUCGCGCGCUUCCCGCCCUCUUCCGCGGCGUCUCCGCACGGCCACUUCGGCGCCCAUGGCGCCCGUUCAGCUCCGCUUUCGUCUUCGGGGCCUCCUCCCCCCGCCCCUCCAGUUAACUGGCGCCACUCUCAGCACGCCUACGCACACCCGCCGGCGCAGGGCUGGGCGCAUGAGCGCGGGGCUCCGCCCCCCCCACCCGGCUCCGGACAGGGGGCCUUCGGUGCCCCAGGCGCGUCGUGGGCGUCGCCUCCGUCGGGAGCGCUGCAUGCCUCGCCAUUAGCGCACCGUCCCUCGCCUCCUCUCUCUGCUGGCACCGCCGCGGCUCGAGGCCCUUCCACACACGGCGAGUCACCUCCGGCUGCGCCUUCCGGCGCUCCGCCGCCGCGGCUGGACGGUCCCCUCGCCCCGGGAGGCCGGGCGGCCCCUCAGGCAUUCUCGUCUGUUCCCUCGCCGUCGGCGCCUUCGCAUGCACCCCCCUUCUGCAGCGAAAGAUGCCCGCGCGGUCAGAGGCGCCUCCGGCCGCCGCCCGCGAGCGGACUUUCUUCAGCUGUCUCCGCGUUCCUGCAAACGGCGCGAGGCCACGGGGACUCGCCUCAGACCGGUGUCGCAGGCGGCAGCGGGGCUCCAAGGCCCCUGGGGCCUGAAGGGCCUCCGGGUGCCGGGCGCGCCACAGGAGCGUGGGGGGGCCGCCGCCUUCCAGAAGAGGUCGUUGUUGUGAUAGGAGAUGACAGCAGCAGUGAGGAGGAGGAAGAGAUUCUAUUAAGGGGGGAUCAACUACACGAGGGGCGCGCUCAGCAAGACGUGGACACGUCAGCAUCACCUCCCCCGCCGGGUGCGCGGUCACCUCCUGCACGACCCGCUGCGAAACGAGAACUGUCUCCAUGCUGGCGAUCUCCUCCGCGGUGCGGGACAGACCGCGGAGCUCCGGCGGCUCCCCGCUGGCAUGGCGACGUAGACCGGGGCGCGCGCAGGCGGCCUCGCGGGGCAAGGGGCCUUCCGAGCGGGCGCGGGCGGGGCGAGGAGACAGGGCGAGGAGACAGGAGAGACGGAGGAGGCGGGGGCAACGCUGAGCAGGAGGCUGCACGCGCACUCGCGAUUCAGCAGAGUCGGCUGCUGCUUCGGUGCGAGGACCUGAGGUGGAGUACCGUUCCAGAGUUUCGUUGUCUGGUAGGGAAGUCUCUGAACCGCGGAGUGCUGUCAAAGGCGCAGCGCAUCGCAGCGAUGGAAGACGGCAUUCGACAGACCGAGGAGGACGACAUGACUCUGGUUGUUCACUCAGACAGCUCCAACUGCCGCUUCGUCGACUUGGCGGUCUGCGAGUGCAGCUGCCCGAACCACGCGCCGCCCUGCUCCCACCUGACUGCAGCGGUACUGUGGGGGUCUUCGGCGGACCGGCUUCAGUUCGCCUUGAUGACGCUGCUCAAGCUUCGAUUUUUGAAUCCGUUCGCAGACCGCAGAACCGCGUUUGUGGCGCUUUCCUCCGGGGAGCAGCAGCUCUCCUUCGCGGCGAUUCAGCGCUUCGUCCGCGCGCACUUUGCGCGCCUCUACACGCCCGACGAGGUCGCGGACGCGGCGCUGCGGGCGGCCGUCGGGCUCCUCCUGAGAUUCUUUCAGCGCGCGCAGGGCUCGCUGCCGCCGCUGCCCUCGACCGUGGAACACGUGAAGAAGGUUGCGCAGGACAAAGAGGAGAGCGACGAUGAUGAAGAAGAGGACGUAGAGGAGGGCGAGACAGAAACGCCCAACGCAGCGAAGAAGGAGCGUGACGACCUGAGCCCGUUGUCGUCGUCUUCAGACUCGAGUGAAGACGACGAGGAGCGCGGAGACGACCGCGCCCAAGCCCAGAUCGGGCCUUGCCCCGAGACCGCGGAGAGCGGCGGACAGGAGGCGAAGAAGGCCGCGGAAGAAGAAGGGGAUUGCGCCUCGGAGGCUGAGCCUGCGGGAGCCGCGGGCGCGGGCGAGCAGGCGAAGCCGCGCCGCGCGCUGGGUUCUCCGUUGCUUUCCUUCGCCUUGGCUAGCAACGCCCAGCGCGAGAAAGUCCUCUUUUCGAUCCUGGCGGAAGUGCAGCGCCUGCGGCAAGACAGAAAGCGCGGCCUCUUGUGGACAGACGAGAUCGCGUCCGCGAGCUCGACAGCUCGGCUCUUGAGCGCCGACGCCGGCAAUGAAGAGGGCGCUCAGCGACGAAUGCCUGGGAUGCAGGGGAGGUUAGGAGGCACGAAGAGGCAACGCCAGGCUCUUAAAGACCUCAAGGAUAUGGUGCAGUGUCUGGCUGCGUUGGAAUCGAGGGUCGCCGAGCGGAUGGCGCAGGCAGGCAGAUAUGAGGGAGAAGAGAUGAGGGAUGUUGACACCCCUGUGGAAGCAGACGACCACGCGGCGUCAAGCGCCCACGAAGACGGGAGGAAAUCGGGUGCGGAGAGCUUCUUGAGGGCACUUCUCUCUCUGCCGGAUGCCCUACAGGCCGUGAGCAGGGCGUUGCUCGAUGGCGAGAGAUCUGAAGAAGCCGCAGAGGAAGAUGCGCGAUGGAGGAGGCGAUGGAGCACAGAUACCUCUGAAGUCGAUGAAGGUGAGGACGCGAGCGAUUCCGAGGAAGGACGGCAAGGCGGGAAAAAACGAGGCCGGCGAGGAAGGGGAGAAGGAGACCGUUCUGCGUCCUCGUGGGGGGUCAGCGAGGAGGCCGAAGCCGAUGCGGAAAGAAGAGAGGAAUUGAAGCAGAAGACUGACGACGAAAUCGCUAUUCUUACGUUCUUUCUGUCCGAGGCGUUCCCUGGUCUUUUCUCGCACACGCCAACGAGCGCCAGGGCCCUACAGCGAACAGGCGCCUCGUCGUCUUUGUUGUCCUCCGCGUCGUCUGCACCGUCGCUCGACACCGCCGUCAGGAUCGCCGAGCGGCCGCCCAAAGAGCGCUUCUCAGUCUACCGACUCCUGCACAGGCUUCAUCUCCCAGGCUUCUCCCUCUCUCGCGUCACUGUAUCUGAUUCGUCUGGCUCUGCCUCGCUGGCCUCGUUCCCUUCCAAGUUCCCGUCUUCGCUUCAGCAAGCUGAGCGCCUCGCGGCCGCGGGGCGCCGCGCCCUCGGCCUGCCGCCCGUCUCUCUGGGGGAAGUGAGCGACAGUGAGACAGACGACUUGGAUGACGGUGCGGCGCCGAGGGCGACUUGGCGUCUCUCUGUCGAGGGUCAGGCCAGGCUUCGGGACCUACAUGGCGCUGCAGUUCUGCCGGCCGUGUGUCUUCUCCCCUUGGAUUCUCUUGUUGCUCCGUUGUCUUCUCCUGCCGAGGACGCGUCGCUCGGCCUCCCGUCUGCCCUUCCGCCGCUGCGGGGCGGCUGUCUCUCUCCCCCGCCGAUGACCCAGUCUUUCUCGCCCUCCGCAUCGGACCGCGUCAGCAGUUUGUCUCCGGCGCAGGUGGCCUUUCUGGUCGCAACGGCGCCCCCACUAGUUGAUUUGAAUGCCUUCCUGGGCUGGGAACAAGCCUUCGCCUCGCGCCACGGCUCGCUGCUCGCGUUCAUCCGACGCCACCUGCACAUGCCGCUCCUUCCUCUGGGCGGCCGGGACGCGGGUGGUGGCGGCGACCCGCCCUCCCACAACUCUGCCUGCACGCUUGCUUCGUCGUCUUUCUUUCUACUCCUCGAUCUCCACACGCUGGCUCGCCUGCCGCGCGCCGUCGCCCCGCCCCCGUCGUCUCUGGGGUCGCCCCUGCCGUCUUCUGCGGGUGUGACGGGUGAGAGCGAGGGCGAGGAUCUCCCUCCAUGCACGCGCAGGUUUUUUGAGUGCCUCGAAGCCCGACGCGGCCGCGAGGCGGCGGUCUGGUUCCUCUCUUCGCUGUGCGCGCAACGCUCAGGUCGGGAUGUGCUCGCGGCAGCCUCCAGAGGCCCCUGUGGCGUCUCAGAGGGGGGCGGCAGCAGCUUCCAGCAUCGCCUUCAGGCGCAGUGGAGGGGACCGAAAGCCGCGCACGCGACUCCAGAGGUGUCGGGAGAGGCAGAGGGCGAAGCUGAGGGAGACCGCGAUGCGCGCGACGCUGCGGCCUUCGCGCUUGACUUCCUCCUCUCCCUGCCUGCGAUCUUCUGGCCGACGGCGACGGCGGACGUCGUCGCGCCUCUCGCGAACUGCGUAGGAAGGGCGCGCUUCCUCGCCGGAAUGGAGCGGAUGGCAUACGCUGCCUGGUUUCCACCAAGUUCAUCUCUCGCGUCUUCCGCGAUGACGCGGCAGCCGGCUGCGCCUGCUGCGUCGUGUGGGUUGUGGAGCGCUGUCGCGUUCUCUGGUUCGCCGACUGCAGCUCGCGCGCGAGAGGGCGACUUCGUCUCUCUGCCUGCUUCCCAAUGUGUGGCGCUUGAGCGCGCAUUCGUCCUGUGUGCGGCCGUGCUGGCGGAGCCACGGGGGGGCGAUGGAGAGACAGGAGACGAGGUCGGGAGCCCAAGUCUCCUGGAGAGACACGUGAAGUGGCAGCUGCUGUCGCGCGGGGAGGAGGCAGCACUGGAGACGCGCGGAGACGCAGCCGCGACCGAAGGACGACGCAUCGUGGCGGAGGAGUCACCACCUGGUCCGGUCUCGUUUGUGACGUCAGGCACCUCAUCAACUACUCCGCCUCCCCGCCAGGCUGCGGGCGCAGUGACCGCCCGGGCGGAGCCGAGUCGUUCGUCUCUGCUGUCGCCUCCGCGAGGCGCGCCUGCCCCCUCGGAGUCGGUUUGCGGCCUCGAGUCGCCUCCUGGCGCUUCUUCCUCAGCGUCUCCGUCGCCUUCCUCGCCUGCGUCUGAAACCCAAAGCGCGCCUCCGGCCGAGCGGCUGCGAUGCUCGAGCUCCCACGAAGACGAGGAGCUUUUGCUCUCGCGGCCGCUCUUCAUUCUUCCCGGGGCGACGACGGCGAGAGGCGGAGGACGUCAGGCCGAAGGGGUCGGAGACACCUGCGUUUCUUCAGCGGCUCCAGUGGCCGCGGCGGCUGGGUCGCUGCGGGCUUCUGUGCCCUUCCAUGUAUCUCCGUUGGAGGAGCCAGGCGGCGACUCUGGGUCGUCUAGGCUCGAUUUGGUCGCUUGGGGCGACGGGGGACUACUGCCCAGCGAGACAGAGGCAGCGUCUGACUCGACGGGGUCUCUCGCGUGCCCUGCGUCGUUCUCGCGUCAGCGUGAGAUCAUUGAGGCGAUUCGAAAAGAGGAGUUCGGCGUGGGGCUGGAGCUGCCGGCGUCCGAGAAGGCAUCAGAAGGCGAGACGGGCUCCGAGUCGACAGACGCUCCGCCGCUGACUGAAGAAGAACGAGAGACUCAGAGACGAAGUAGGCAAGCGAGCGAGCUGGUGGCGGACGUGUUGCGGCGACAGAGAGAGCGACUCACGCGCGCUUUGGACCGCCUGUCCCGCGGGCUUUAUACCGCAGAUUCGCACCUUCAAAUGGAGCUCAUUCAGAACGCCGACGACAACAAUUACAGCGUCCUGGGGGACCUCCAGCGGAGUGCGGGCACGAUACAGAGGGGAAGCGCCGAGCCUGCCUCGCCGCCUGCGUCGCUUGCGCAGCCCGCGCUGCACUUCGAAGUGACGCUUGAGGGGCUGGCGGCGUUCAACAACGAAAACGGGUUCACUGAGCGGGACGUGCGGGCGAUCUGCGACGUCGCCAGAAGCACGAAAGCCUCCCGAGAGAACGGCGCGGACGGCGCGGCGGGCGCGAGAGGAGGGCUCGGAGCAACCGGUGCACGCGCAGCUGGCGGCGCCCCAGCGACAGGUCAGAGCGAGAAAGAGAAAGGCGGAAACGGAGCGAAACGAGCCGGAGGCGCCGGGAUCGCGAAGAAGAUAGGCAAGUUUGGUUUGGGCUUCAAGUCUGUGUUCGCCAUUUCUGAUCGACCGCACUUAUUCUCCCAGGGCUUCUCUUUCAAGUUCGAAGCCUCAGACCCCACGGGCCUCGGGUUCGUCCUCCCCCACUGGCUAGACCCUGCUGAGUUCGCAGUCUACCUCCCGCCCGCCACGCUGUACUCCGCAUUUGUGAUGGCUGGAGGCCCAGGGGGCAAGUGGAGAUUCGGCGCUCUCCCCGCAGAGUCCCGCCGCGCAACCUUGGUCGCCUUGACGGCGCCUUCUCCCCAGCGCACCCUCGGCCUUCCGCCUUCGUCUCUCGCAUCGACUGCAGGUCCCACGAGCUUCGAUCGAGGAGAGAACGGGCUCGGCCUCGAGCCGGGGCGCUCGCGCCUCUGCCGCCAGACCGAAGACGCAGACACGCAGUCUCCAGAUGAUGUGGCGUCCUGUGUGCAUGCGACCUCCUCGGGGUUCCGCGUAUGUCCGCAGUCUGGAUCGGCUCCGGCAUAUUUGUCCUCGGCGCCUGCGCUGGCGGCCUGCGCCUCGGCGCUGCGAACGACGUGGCGCACCAUCGUAUGGCUGCCACUGAAGGCCUCGCUGCUUUCAGGCGCGGGCGCGGAGCGCUGGCGCGCGCCUGGGCAGGGACUGGGCGCGCGCCUCGCCGCCCUCUGCGCGGAGGAACUGUUGUUUCUCCGCAAGCUAACUCGACUCAGUUCCUGUCUACAUCUCGUGUCGCCUCCACGGCUCUCCAUAGUGGAGAAGCACUUCGUGCCCAUAGACCCCCGGGGGAUGCGAGACACGACGAAAAAAGGAACAGAAGAUGCCGCGAACGGAAACGCGCUUAAGGGCCGCGGUGCCUGCGGAGCGAGACACGCGGCUGAGCAUCAGCACGCGGGGGUGUGCCAGCCACCACCGGCCUCCCAAGACGCGGACAGACACGCAGUUGUCUCGGAGACGAACGGCGGAGAAAGGCACACAGUGCAGCGCGUGCGGCUGGUGAGUGUGCGCUUCGCUUUGCCUAGGGCGGAGACAGUUGGAGACACCCCUGGCGUUGAGAGCGCGACGCCCGCCUGCGGAGGAGAGACGCUCGGUCCACGCAACCCCGAGCCCAGCGAGUUGGAAUGCAGGGCGGAAGACUGGAUUCUUGUUCGGCGCGAAUUUUCUCUGUGGAUUCCGCGUCAAGAUGAGGACGACGAGUCCCAGGCUGCAUCGCGCCAAAACGCGCACUCGAAGCAAGAUCUCGAACAGAAGAGAACUGAGCUCGUCAUUGCGCUUCCUCUUCUCCCCUGUGGGCGGGCUGCGGCGCCCGUUUUUGGCAGGCCGCAGGGGCCCGCCGUAGAGUCUCGCGCGGCUCCUUGCUAUGCCUCCGCUGCGAAUGCGGCAACCUCGCCCGCCGCGCCUGCAGAAGGUCUCUCGGCGGUGCCUGAGUCGCGCCCGGUGUUUUGCUACCUGCCGAUUCGUUCCUUUGGGCUGCCCUUCGUCUUGCAUGCGCCGUUUGACCUGACCGCGUCCCGCGAGAGCCUAGUUGUUUCGUCGGCCUACAAUCUCCUUCUGCGGUCUUCUCUACCCCACUCGUUCCUCGCUGCGCUUCGCUUCUGCAAGGCGUCGGGGAUCUUUGCGCUGCAGGCCUCCUUUCUGCGUUUUCUCCCCUUCGCUGCGGCGGCCGAGAGCGACUUUUUCGCGCCUCCCGCGCGCGAGAUUCUCCGCCUUCUCAGGUCGCAGGAGUGCAUCAUGGCCAUUGACCCAGCAGAGGGAGCCUCGCAGCGCCACGAGAAGGCACCGCGGCGCCCAGCGUUGUGCUGCGCGGACUCGUUCGCGCCCACGGCGUGUGAGAGGAGACGCAGGGAGGCAGAGAGCGGAGGCGAGCGAGAAGGAGGAGCGGAAGACGGUCGCGAGUUCGCGUUCACCUGGGCGAAGCCCACGCAGGCGCUGCUCUUGCCUUCGGAGGCCGAGGCCGCGCGCGACGACGGCGAUUUCGCGGGCAAGAAAGGCCUCGGUGGGGUGAAGGACGCGGAAGCAACAGAGGGAGGAGGAGGAGGCGACGCCGCGCCGAAGAAGUGCUCGGGAGGCCGAGAAGCAGGAGAAAGCGGUGCGGAUGGCGUAGCCGGUCAGAGCCGGCAGAGGUCGCUCUCGUGUGGGUCUCUGCAGAUGCGUCUGGUGUCGCCGCGCCUGCUGCAGCAGCGCCUCAACCUCUUUUACGUACACCCUGCCGCGCGUCGCGAGACGGGCGAGGAAGCCCUGCGGCGACUCGGCGUCCGCGCCUUCUCGCUUUGGGACGCAGUCGAAUUCCUGCGGGCAGUCGUCGCCUGCGCGCCGCCGGAAGGACCAGAAGACCUCCGCCUGCCGAAGGCAGCCGUGGAGGCGGGCCGCCGAGGCGAGCAGCCGGCCAGCGCCUCUUCUGGCGCGGCUGAGGCGACUCGAGGCGAAGACGGGGAGUCAGGCGCGAGCUGGAGGCCUGCGGAGGAAGACGAGGCAUGUGCGAUACUGUCUCCUGCGUGGGUCGGGUUGUUUCUGUGUUUCCUCGACGAGCUGGCGGAGACGGGAGAUUACACCAGGGAAGAGAUCCGUGUCGCGUUCGACGCGCUCAAGGGCAUCCCGUUUCUGCCGACUACGUCAGGUCUGCGCGUCGCGGCGAGUCUGCGGAAGCCGCAGAGAGGAGCCCCCGGGGUGCGCUGCGGAGGCGACGUCGCGCUGACCCCCUCGAUUUAUGUCUUGGCGGGGGGUGAAGACGGCGAGGCCGAGGAAGGAGACGACGCGCUCUUCGCCAGCGCUCGCCGGCCCGUCUCCGCGGGGGCGCCUUCUCGUCUUCCCUUCUCUGCUGCGGGCAACAACGCCCUCAACGUUUCCUCCGGACCUGUCUCUGCUGUCUCUUCGCGCCACGGGGUCUUGCCGGCGCGAGCCCAGGGCCGAGGCGAGACCGGAGGAGACAGAGCUGGCGAAGAAGAGGUCGAGCUGCAGCGCACGCAGCGGGAGAUCGGGGAGCUGGUUCGCAUUCUGUCUCCCGCAGUGUUUCAGCCGUUCCGGAGGCCGCGAGGCAUGGGGAGCGGAGGCGACCCCGGCGACAGCCAGACGGAGACCCAGGGCGGCGAGGAGACGUCCGUGGAGGACGACGCUCGGGCGCUCCAGCGCGUCCGCGUCCUCCGCAGUUUGCAUCGGCUGGGUCUCGAGAAGGCAGGUUCUCUGCAGCUCAUUUCCUCCCGCGUUUUGCCGCUGCUCUUGGAUGCAGACGCGAGUCGGGAUCUCCCCGACAGCGUGCUGCUUUCUCUCCUCGCCUUCUUGGCGCUGAACUUAGAGGAGGCCCGCACCGCGCUGGCGUUAGACGCUGGCGCGGCCGCCGCGAGGGCCGUGGCGAGGCGGCGCGGAGAGGAGGGAGAGGGGCGCGAGGGCGGGCGGCUGAGGAGGCCCAGCCGCAGGGGAAGGAUGCCGAGGGAGUGGGACGACGGCUUGGCAGGCACCGCGCGAAGAAGGGACCGGCCUUUCUUGCCAGACGAUGAAGAUGGCGAAGGAGAGAGCGAUGUCGGCGGCGCGCGAUCCGGUCAACUGUGGAGACAAUUGCAAAUUUUAACCGCCGCUGGGCAACGCGUAGCCCUUGGCGACUGGCGGGUCCGCCUGCCCGCAUGCGUUCUCGCGGCUGGGGCAGAUUUGCGGGAGACCGCGGAUCAGGCCAGAGAGGGCGCCAGACACUCUGACAGAGAGUCGGGUGACGGCAAGAAACACGUCCUGCAGAGCCUGCUCGGCCGGCCGCAUGCACUCGAGCUGUCUCCGCGGUACUUUGAGUUCGCCCCUCUCGAGGCGUGGGUGGCGUUCUUCUCGCUGCUGGGGCUGACAAACGUCCUCCCGGUUCAAACUGUCGUCUACGAACUCUCCUUUGUCUCGCAAAGCGCCUCGCCAGCCACCUCUCGCGGCGCGGAGGAGCCGAGAGUGAGUGAGAAGAAGCAGAGAAAGAAGCGUGAGAAACGAGGCAAGGAGGAAAGGCAGGGGACGCGCGGGGCUGCCGUUCGCCUUCGGCUCCUUCAAAUAGAAGACCAACGCCUCCUGCCGUCCAAGCAGCCUACCGUCUCUGUUUCUUCGCUCUCCUCGCCCUCUCGUGGCGCUCCGCCGGCGGAGACUGUGGUCCGAAGCCAGAAGGGAUCUGAGAGGGAGAGAGGGAGCGCCGCAUCCUUGAAGCACCUUCUGGACUGCGUCGCGGGCAGUCGAUCCCAACAAGAGUGGUUGGCAAUGCUGGCCGCUCGGUGCGGCGACAGGGCCGACAGAGACACGCGACCGGAGCCGAAGUCGUCAGACGCCGCCGUCGUGGGGGAGGGUCUCGAGGCCGCCAUGGAGGACGCGCAGGGCGCCGCCGACAACAAGGAAAAGGCUCUCCAAGACGAGGAGGGAAAGGCGCAGCAGGGCGGAGGCGCAACUCACGUGGCGACCGCCAAUGCGCCGCAGAACAAGGUGCCACGCGAGCCCGGCAAAGGCGGCUCUGCGCCCUCCCUGCGCAUCGUAGAUUUCGUAUCUAUAGACUUCGAUAUGAUCUGUGACGCGCUGUCUGACGCGGAGGAAGAGCGGGAGCGAGCGCUCGUCCUCUCGGAGAUCGUCAGGCGCAGCUGGGCGACUCGCGUCAGGCCGUUCCUGGGUGCGGAGUGUAGCGGCGUGCCGGCGGAGCCAGAGGGGUGCACCGACGCGCCAGGGGUCUCUUCGGCGUUGGCCGCAGGUUCCUCCUCGAUACCUUCGGCGAUCCCCUCCUGCUUCCUGCUGCAGCUUCGCACGCGCCGCUGGCUGCCGGCGUGCGAGGUCGUCCGGGCGAGCGAGGCCCACGAGCUGGCCAGGGCGAGGAGACAGGCGGGGGCGAGGGGAGGGCGCCGGGGGAGACCCAGCGAGGGGAGGACCGAUACGGUCUCCGCAUGCGACCCCGGCGCGACGCGUUCUGAGAAGCGCGAGGAAGACGAACCGGCGCUGCCCUCCGUCACCGUCGUCGUGGACGUCGAUGGUGAGCUGUCGAGCGACGCAGAGGACACAGAGAGUUCCGCGUCAAGCGCGGACGACGACAACGACGACGCGAAGCCCCUUCUGAGGGAGGGCGAGAAGAGCGCGCGCAAGCGGCGGAGAGGAUGCCGGCGGGCGUCGCCGGAGCGAGGCGCCACGGCAGCUCUUUCGUCCCACUCAAAGAAGCUGCGUGCGCAUCCGCCGUCCGCAGCGGCAUCUCGCGGCGCCCUAGCGUCUCCGUCGAGUUCUUCGCGCAGGCGCAAGAGAGGUCGGUCAGCUCCCGACUCGCCUUCGCGGCGCGGCGCUGCCGCGCUGUCUCCUUCGGCGUCGGCGUCGCGGUCGCCCUCGCCGGCCUCAUCUGCCGCUGAGGCUGCGUUGGGGCGUGCGGGCCCUGAGGACAACGACGGCAGAGAGCACAGGAAGCGACUCCCGGCUGCGCGUUUCUGCCUCGGUGGCGCGGAAGACAGCGAACAGAGAGGCGAGGACGAGAGCGAGCCAGGCGAUGAUGGCCGCCUCAGAUGGAUCUACACCGGCCUCGCCGCCCCGGUCGCGCUCCAAGCGCCGUCUCACGCCGUGCUCGCGGUGUACGGACACCUUGUCCGGUUCCUGGAUCCUCGGGCUUGGCAGCUUUGGGCGGGAGCGACGGGAAAAGAGGAACUGCGCGAGGGAGAGCGAGGCGACAGGAGGCAGAGCGAGGCCAGCCAGAGUCAGGCAGCCACGGGGGGAGAGGACGCGGCGCAGCCUGGCGAGGGCGGCGGUGCGCAGACCGCCCAAAAGGCGAACUGUGUCUUGGGAGAGAGUCUUGACGGCUCAUCUAUCCCUCGUGGGUUAGACCGGGCUUCGAACGUCCUUCUUUCGCCCGUCUCGCCGGUGUCGCCUUCCGCUGCGAGCCGCAGUCCCCUCUGCCUCCUCGGCGUGGGGACGCGCCCGAGCGUCGGUGGAGCCCUGGCGCUCUUACAGGCGCUUGGCAGGUGUCUCUCGUGUUGCCAGCUGGGCGAGGAGACCGCCGCGGAGGCUGCCUCCACGUCGGGCGUUUUGGCCGCGUGUCAGCAGUCUUCCUCGUGCGGCGACGAGUUCGCCGAGUGCGAGCUGAUGAGGCCCGGAUGGGAGAGAGCCCCCGAGCUGGGGAUCGACGGAGAGCGAGACGAAGGCAAGUCAGGGCCGCAACGCGGCUGGAGAGACGCGUCCGGCCCUGAGGAGUCUGACAGACGUUUGUCGCUUCGUCCUUCGCUCCCUACCCUCGCUCUGUGGCACGUCCGCGGCCUGCAGUGCGGCGAGGGGGCGGGGUGCUCGCAGAGGCUCGCGGGCUCUCCUGGGCGUCCGCUGUGUGGAGGCACUCCGCAUUCGCCUUCUGCAUCCUCUCCUGAGGACGUGUUGGCUGUGCCUUUUGCGCUAUACGCACUGCGCGAGCGCGCUUUGCACCAGGCGGGCUGCUCAGUGCGGCCUCGGCGCCUCGCAUGCGCUCUCGACCCAGGUACCCAGCGUGCGAAGGAUAAGAGGAAUCCUUUUGCCUGCUGCCAGGCGCCGUUACCCUCGUCCCCUGCGUCGCCCCAUUCGCCUGCAACCCCGUUGACCGCCAAGGAGACUGUACCGCCUCUCGCCGAAGGGUGUGCGGGGUUCUGCGUUUGCUGGGCGUGCUUCACGGUCCUCGACUACGUUUCGCGUCUCCUUUUCUUCCUAGCUGAGGCGGCACACCUCCAGAGAGGCGUGCCCCGCUCAGCGCCUUCACCGUAUAUUCAGGGACAGGAAAACGCAGGACGUCGGCGUCGCGAUGCGACACCCGACGACGGCCAAGACGCACGCGCUGCAGUCGCUCUCGCCGCCUCUUCAUGGACAAGCAGGCGAGGCGGCGGUGCCUCCCGCGAGGACGCACCGCGGCUUCUGACGUUCUUGCGAUCAUGUUUGAACCCAGAUGGCGCGCAGCGGUCGCCGACUCUCUUUCCGUUCCCUUCCCAAGCCGUCCAGCUGGCCUCUGCGACCUCUGCGACUCCUGCGCAAAGUCGUCUCUCCGCCGCUGCAGCCGCAGGGGGCGCGGGCGAGGGGGCGGAGGCGUCAAGCUGUCUCCAUUGGGUCUCCGUGGGCGAUGUGUUUUGGGCGACUCCGCCUGGGGUGGCUGAGGACUUCUUUGCGUCUUCCUCGUUCCUCGCGUUUCUCACGAAGACCCUGCUGCACGUGAGCGAGGCUCGCCGGGAGGCGCUUCAGGCUGAGGCGGCGCACCCGCGAGGCCGCACGCGCCGCGCCGCCGGAUCGCUCACCGCCGGAUCGCUCACCGCCGGAAGCGUGGCUUCGCGCGACGCCUCGAGCGCCUCAAGCCCUGAAGAAAGGGUAGUCCUCGCUCUGAAGAUUGACUGCAUCGCGGAGUGUACGUAUCAUGCCGCUCGCGCCGCGACGUCGUUCGCGGCCUCCGCUGCGGUGGCGCCGCUGCCCUCCCUCCUGAGGGGCGACGAAAGCAAGGAGGGAGAGCCCAGGGUGAGAGAAGUGAGGAAUCUUCUAGUCGAUGUUGCGGGGAUGCCUACAGGCCCGUCGCUCGCGCUCUGUUUGGACGCCCUGCUGCGUCUCACAGGGGGCGACGAGGGCGACGGCAGAACUGACCGCGAAGAGAGGAAAGACGGCGAGGAGGGAGAGCGAAGCGCGUCUGCGGGAAGGGCGGAGGCAGAAGGACUUCGGGGGAAGAAAAAACCGCGGAUCUUGAGGAGGGAGAAGAAAGGCAGCUGCGCCCAGACGCCGUCGGGUGUUUUGUCGUCCUCCCAGUCUUCCGCUCGUCCUUCAGAAUCCCCGCCUCUCUCGGCGGCGUGCAUCCGACCUGAUCUGCGGCGGUGGUCGCCGGAGAGUCAGGCGACGCAAGCGAUCCUGCUGCUGCUGUACUUUGCUUGCGAGCUGCUCCACGAGAGAGAAAAGAGAGCCUCAUCAGGCAGGCGAGUAGAGGCGCUCGCCGCCCGCCGUCGCGUGUCCCGACCGCCAAGCGACAAGCCGAGCAGCGCUCCGGAGAUUAUCUGCGCUGCGGAAGGAAAAAGUCACAAAUUCCUGCAGGCCGGGGCUGGGGCGUCGCCUCACGAGCAGAGCGAAGAAGAUAACUUCGGUAAAAGCGACUCGACGGAGCUGCGCCGGUCGAGCGAGGCGACGCGCCAGAGCGAGGGCGCGGUGGACGCCCUAGAGGCCAGGCAACGGCAAGAAGAGAAAGAAGAGAUCCUGCGAAAACUCAGGUCGCUCCUCUGGGACUUGCCCGUCGUCCCCACGUGCCUCCCCGCCCCGCGCCUCACAAUCUUAAGCGUGGAGACACCUGUCUCUUGCGCCUCCGGCGGCGACGGCGAGCACCUCGAGCGCGAAAGCCGAUACGGGCGACGAGGCGACAGCCACGAAUUUUACGAAGCAGCGGAGACGCCAGCGAGGGGGGAGAGGCAGAGACGUCCUGCGCGAGAGGAGGAGGUCCUGCAGCGAGGCAUUCGCUGGGCGGCGCCUCAAGAUGGAUUGUCGCUUCUCGCCUCGGGUCACGAUGUAAAUAUCUGGAAGACUUUUGCGUCGUUGUUUUCGUCUCGUUCAUCUGGCGAGUUCUCGGAAAGCCCCUCCCCUGGAGGAGCGGGAACUGCAAGCGCUCGCCGUCCGCCCGCAUCGGCUCUCCUCCGCCUUCGCUCUCGUCUCGCGUGGCUGCCUGAGGCGGAUGUGACGGUGGAGCAGGCUGUCGAGCGAGAAGCGUGCAGGCGGGCACGUGUGUGCGUCUCACGCUCGACCGCGUCGCGUUCGCCUCUCGGAUCCAAUUCUCUGUCUUCUUCUGGGGGCCUUCUCGAGGCGGCCGUGAACGCCGACGCGGCGCUGGGCCUGCUGGAACUGCUGCAGGGCCUCUCACGCCUCUUCCCCGAGGACGGACCUGCGCGCAACCAGAGAGCGGAUUCCAUCUUUUCCAAUCCCUUUUUGAUGGCUCAGUCGCCCUCAGCGUCGCCAGCUGCUGGAGCGGACGAAAGCCGAGUUCUUCGCUCAGUUUCGCUCCGCCGAGUCUGGACGCGCUUCCUGCGAGAGGCCUUUGCCGCGCAGGCGUUCCACGAGGAGUGCAUUCUGCAGGUAUCUUCCGCGCUGCCGGCAGCAUCUCUCUUCGCCUCCCUUCUGGGUGCUAACCCCCUUCCUCCGCCCUGCGCCAGUUCGGUUGUGUCGGCGGAUGCACGGGAGACGAGAGCUUCUUCGCGAGCCUCGAGGGCAGCUCUCUCUCUUCCCUCGGCGUCGCGUACGUCUUGCGCGUCUUUUUUGGCGUCUCUGCCUGCCGGUGGAGUGUCUCCGCUCGCGCAGUCGUCCUCUGGCGCUGACGCGUCUGGGGGCCUCGCGUCGGUUUCUUUGGGGCGUCUCUUCUCGCCGCCGCUGCCUCUCUCCGCGAUGCCGCUCUUCUUUUCCGCUUCGCUGAAGCGCCUCGUCUGUUGCGCCUUGCUCCCAUGUGCGCGGCGGUAUCUCCUCGCUCGAGAGCCCGGCGUGUACCGUUUCCUAACCGCAGAGACCCACGUUGAAAAACGAGCAAAAAAAGGAGGUUUCGACGCGGCUGCAUGCGCAGAUUCAGCGCGGCUAGAUUCUGAGCACCUCCAGUGGUUAUACCAGCGCGAGGGCGGCCGCGUCACCCGCCGGGGGCAGCAGCCCCCUGCGCGUCCGCAGCUUACCGCGUCCGCAGCUCAUGCCAAUUCUUCCGCAUCGCCGGCGCCGUCUCUGUCUCAUAGAGGGCCGCCGCCCCCGUUCCUGCUGCGCUUCGUCGCGCUUCCUCCAGGGUUUUUCGAGGAGUUCUCCCGUUUGUUCGCGCCCUCCGGCGAAGCGCUCAAGAGCCUCGCGACCUUCUUGCACCUCUGCUACACCGUUCAGCUGCAGUGUCUCCUGUCGAAGCAACUCGAGGGAAAGGGCGGGCGCCGCAAGCGCGCCGCAACCCCGGAUGACCCUGCUGGAGGCGAGCGUCUGCUCGCCGCCCUCGGCAAUGAGCUGAACCGCGUCUUCGUUUCUCAGGGCCUUCCGCCUGUCGCAGGCGAGCGGCGCGCGCGCGAGGCGCCAGCUGAAGAAGCGGCCGCCGAUGCGAGGGGUGAGAGCGGAACUGCGCUCAGAACGAGCAAAGAAGGGCAGGAAGGCGAGUCCGGGCUCGACUUCGUCGCGAUGUAUAAGCUCUGCACGGGCGAUGAAGAAGGGGAUGCCAGAGAGGAGAGCGAAAGCGCGCGUCUUCUGUGGCAGGACGCUUGGGUUCAGGAGGCCCUGAAGGAAGAAGACCAACUCGAGUACGCGGGCUGGAUACACCAGAAGCGAGGGAGCGAGGGAAAGAGCGGAGGACAGUCCGCUCCAGAGAGCGGCCGCGCGCCGCUGGAAGAAGAGAGUGGGGCAGACUCAGGGCCUCUGGAAGGUUUUGCCGAGAGCGAGGAGGAUGAAACGACGGCUGAAGGCGGCCGAAGGGACAGAAGGUCAAAAGUCUCGUCGUGCCAAAGGACUCGAAAGGAAGGGGAAGCUCAGAUCGGAGACGAAGAAGAGCAAGGAGAGCCGGAAGACGAGAUCGACAGUUCCCUUCAGCCGGAGAGCGAAGAGGGGGAGUCACUCGGAGCGCGAGCACCCCAACGAAAGGGCCUGCCGGAGGAGGAAGAACGACGACCAAACGAUGGAUUCGAAGACGACUCUGGAGAAAGAUUUGGCAUCACCGACAUGGAUCGCCACACCGUGCCACACAUCUUUGGCGGCCUCCUCAAUUUCGAGAAGGAAGGCAUGACCGCAGAGUUGAGCGCGAGAGGCCACGCAAAUCUUCAAGACGGAGCUGAAGACGCAGAAGUCGUCAGCCUUGACGACGACAAUGAGAAGGCACAAGAAAGAGGAGGGAACCUGGAUGAAAACCGAGAUGCGACAGAAGACAGAGGCGGCAAGUGUGAAAACGACGGAGGCAUCCGCGACGUCGUCCAGCUAGGAGCGUUUUCUGCGGAGGACCUUACCUUGCCCCCAGGCUUCCAUCACGCCAUGCGCACUCCGCGCUGCCUGUCGGCGGAGAACGUGGCCCCGUCGGCUAUCAGGGACCGUCUGGGGCGCCGCGGCGAAGAGAUUGCUUUCUUGUUCCUUUCGCAGCAGUUUGAGAGCGAAAUCGCCGAAGGCAGGUGCCGCGUGCUGUGGGUCAACGAGGACGAAGAGAAAGGCACGCCUUACGACAUUCUCGUGACGAAAUACGGGGCAAUAGGGAGUUCAGCGCCGCCGGAAACGCUCUACGUCGAAGUGAAGGCCACGGGCACGCAAACCAAGUCGUUCUUCGAGGUCUCCCACAAGGAGUGGCAGUUUGCGCAACAGCAUGGUGAGAAAUUCCAUAUUUACCGCGUGCUAGACGCGGGCAGUGAAACGCCGAGAAUUCUGAGAAUCGUGAACCCCUAUCGGCAAUGGCGCGACAACCGGAUCGGCAUCUGCAUAGCUCUCUGA